AUGCACAAUAGUGAAGGACGAGCUGGCGACAAUGUUCAUCUCGCGAUGAGGAUCACGAUGCGGACGGAGAAUCACUGCACUAACUCUACUUUUCAUCAGCAGCGGACGAGCGCAGCAGCCUCCUGCUUAAACUGGUUUAGCGACAUCAUCCACCGUAAGGAAGGACGAUGUUGUUUUGUUCUCCUUGAAAAGCUCGGCCUGAAACAGGAUUCCUCUCCUCGUCUCCUUCAACUUGCUCUCAUCUCUCGUCAAGCCAAAUGGAUCCUUCAAAGAUCCCCUCUGGGCAUAUUUAUUGCAUCCAAGAUGGAAAGAAGCACUAUAAACUCUUCACCACCAUAUAUACAAGCGCCAACUAUUGUGGUCGUUGCGGCUUGGCCAACCCCUUUCGGACCCAGCAACGAGCCAGGUCUAAAACUCCAGCACUUCCUGGCCCAUAUGAUGAGGUGGUGGAAGUCAAGGACUCUCCGCCACGGUCAGUAA